AUGCUUUAAGCUAAGAUGAAUCUGCAUAAUAAUCUAGUGUUAGUGCUUAUAUUGCAUGGAAAGGAGAAUCAGAAACUGGAUUAAAGAUAUGCCCUUUUGACUGCGAUAAUAGAGGUUCUUGCGAUUUAUCAACUGGUUUAUGUUAAUGUGAUGAGUUUUUCUCAGGAUACGAUUGCAGCUAUGUAUAAACAUAGCUCUCUCCUCAAUCUAACGUAGAAGCUAUUUUAGGAAGCUACUUUAUAUCUUAAAAUAAUCAAGUCUAGUUUUUUAAACUGUUUUCAAACCAAAAGUAGAAUUACUAAUUCUGUACUUUAACACCUUAUGGAAGCUUAAAAAUGUUUAUAGCUCCUGUAAAUACUAAUGAAAUAACAAAUUACAACUCAACAAUAUUAUAAAUACACGAGAAUUAAUCCUACUUUGAAGAUAAUUUAAUUGUAUUAUACACAGACUAUCCUAAUAGUUUCUUUAGAACUUAUAUUUAAUGCUCAUCAGAAAAUCAAUAAAUAAUAAUAAAUUAACGUAACUUUUUGA